AUGAAAAGAGGCACCGCCAUAGCCAGAGUGACCAGCGGCGGCGAUUACCCCAUAAGCGAAGAUUUCCUCAAGAAAGUAAGCGGCGUUCCGAAUGUUUUCCGCUACGCAGAUCUGCAAAUCGCGACGAACGAUUUCACGGCGGAGAUCGGUCGUGGGGGAUUCGGAUCCGUUUUCAAGGGAACACUUGCCGACGGGAAAAAAGUCGCCGUGAAACGCCUGCACAAAGCCGACGAAGGCGUGGAGGAAUUCGUCGCAGAAGUGACGGCGCUGGCUUCGCUCAAUCAUUCGAAUCUCGUGCGCUUGCAUGGCCUCUGCGUCGAAGAUUCACGUUACUUGCUCGUCUAUGAAUUCAUGGAAAAUGGGUCUCUUUACGACUGGCUUUUCCAGAGCAAAACCAGCACAAUCGACUGGAAAACCAGGUAUGAAGUCGCACUACAGACCGCACGAGCUCUGGCUUAUUUGCAUGAGGAGUCGACGUCCAGCAUUUUGCAUUUGGAUGUGAAGCCGCAGAACAUUCUUCUGGAUGAGAAUUUCAGAGCCAAAGUUUCAGAUUUUGGAAUGGCGAAAUUGUUGGAUGAGGGUGAGAGCCGCCUUAUGACAGUUCAUGUUAAGGGCACACCUGGUUAUAUUGCACCAGAAUGGUUUUUGCAGUAUGGAAUUAGUGCUAAAACUGACGUUUAUAGCUAUGGAAUGGUGCUUCUGGAAAUGGUGAGUGGGCGCAGAGUUGUGGACAGAUCUGCAGAUGAGGAGAACUGGUAUUUGCCCACCAUUGCGCUGGUGAAGGCCAGAGAAGGGAAUUUGGAGGAGAUUUUUGACAGUCGGCUUAAGGUUUCAGAUGAAGAAGCUGUGGAGAUGGAGAGAAUUGUAAAGUUGGCACUCUGGUGUAUUCAGAGCAGUUGUGGGCUGAGACCCACCAUGUCUACUGUUGUGGGGAUUCUGGAGGGGAGUUUGGAGAUGUUGGAGCCCCCUCUUGAUCAGAGCUUGGCCUUUGGGCCAUUCGUCGGUGGCCAUGUUAAUAACAGUUCCAAGAUCAGUGAACAGGGGAUUUUUCAGAUGGUGACUAAAUCUUCACACCAACAUCUUGUUUUGAUUGCAGAGGGGAGAGAUUAA